AAAAAAAGUUCACAGUGCUGUACACUCAUUACCAUCGUCUAUCUCCAUAACUCUUCAUCUUGUAAAACUGAAACUCUGUACCCAGUUAACAAUAACUCCCUACUCCUGCCCAUACCUCCCAGCCCCUGACAACCACCACUCUACUUUCUGUCUCUGUGAUUUUGACUACUCUUAAGUACCUCAUGUACUGGUUUUGGAUUAGGACUUGUUUUCUCACUUACCUUCUUUAAAAGAACUUAAAAACGAGAGUCCUGCUGGUAGUAAAAAGGUAGACCAGAAAUACCCAUGCUUUUUGGCCAAAAAUUCUCCUAAGCAAAGGGCAGGAAAUGUCCCUUUCAUUUCGUGGAAGAACUUCUGCAUUUUGGAUAUUGAAUAGAAGCCAAAGGGGUCACUUUGACCUCUUUCCAUGAAGAACUGGUGGGGAAUACACAACUAGAGAAUCAUAAUUAACACACAGUGCUGAUGUGAAAUAAUCAUGGCAUUGGCUUAAGAAAACCUCAUGACUUACUAGGAUCAAAAUAUGAAGAAUGUGGCCAUUAGCCUUUGGUUCUGGAAUGGGGUUAGGAAUGGCCUACUCCAACUGUCAGCAUGAUUUCCAGGCUCCAUAUCUUCUACAUGGAAAAUAUGUCAAACCUCCUGGACCCUGCUGGCCUCACCUGCAGUCUGUACUCAGUUCAAGGGCUCCAAAGGUCGCGGGCACGAUGCUUCGGGUCCUGGUGGGGGCUGUCCUCCCCGCCAUGCUGCUGGCUGCUCCACCGCCUAUCAACAAGCUGGCCCUGUUCCCGGAUAAGAGCGCCUGGUGCGAGGCCAAGAACAUCACCCAGAUCGUGGGCCACAGCGGCUGUGAGGCCAAGUCCAUCCAGAACAGGGCGUGCCUGGGACAGUGCUUCAGCUACAGCGUUCCCAAUACCUUCCCGCAGUCUACAGAGUCCCUGGUGCACUGCGACUCCUGCAUGCCGGCCCAGUCCAUGUGGGAGAUCGUGACCUUGGAGUGCCCUGGCCAUGAGGAGGUGCCCAGGGUGGACAAGCUGGUGGAAAAGAUCCUGCACUGCAGCUGCCAGGCAUGCGGCAAGGAGCCCAGUCACGAGGGGCUGAGCGUCUACGUGCAGGGCGAGGACGCGCAGGGCUCCCAGCCCGGCCUCCACUCCCACCCGCACCCUGGCGGGCAGACCCCCGAGCCCGAGGAUCCCCCUGGGGCCCCCCACGCAGAGGAGGAGGGGGCUGAGGACUGAGGCCCCCGACUCUUCCUCCCCUCUCGUUCCCUGUGGAAUGUGGGGUCUCACCCUCCCGGGGAAGAGUUGGGGGAGAGGCUGAAGCCCCCCUUUGGCACUGGAUGGACUUGGAUUCAGACUUGGACUUGGAAUGCUUCCCGGUUGCCACGGAGAUCUGAAGGGGGUGGGACUGGCGCCAAGCUGCACAAUUUAAUAUAUUCACGAGUUGGGGGGAAGAAGCAGAGGUCUUCAGGGUUCUUUUUCGGAGGGGGGUUCUCUUCUUUUCUGCCUCCUAGACAUGUGCCCUAGGGAGGGGGGAUAGUUGGCUAAGCUGCUGAGUUGGGGUGAGGCCGUCCAAGACGCGCCGAGGCCCACACGGCCCCUCGGUGGGGCAGGGCCCUGGGGGUGCAGAUGGCGGCGCUGGGCCCUGAGCUGAGGUUGGGCGCCUUGCCAGUGGCAGCCCUGAGGCAGGGCUGGCAGAAACAGGACGCCCCGGCCCCACCGGCUUCCCCAAACGCCUCGCACCCCUGUCCCCAGGGCAGCUUCUCCCCGGUGGCACUGCGGUGGCCCUCCCUCAAUGGCGUGGUUGGGAGUCAGGUCUGGGCAGGACCCUGCUGCCUCAGGGCCCUGGAGCUGGGAGCCAGGCUCCCUGCCUGCCUUGGCUUUCCGGGGGUGUGGGGUGGGGGUGGGGAGGAAGGCAGGGGAGGAGGAGCCUUGCUGGGCCAGGGGGAGGGGAUGACGCCCUCGACCGGAGAGCAUCCUUCCCUCCUCGCCCUCUCCCAGAUCUUAGUGCCUCUCCCUGCCCCCCAGGUUCUAGGCCUCUCAAAGCUGAUGGAGCCAGCCUCACCCUCUUGGGAAGCUCUUUCUGAAUAUCGGAUGCUGGGGAGGCCUCUCCCUUCCCCAGAGGUUCCCAGGAGGGACCUGGGUGGGAUGGAGUCUGGAUGAGCCUCAAGGAACGAGGAAGAGGAGGGGCGAGGGCUCGAGGGGCGGCUGUGUUCACUGUGGCUCUCCAGCUGCCUAGUCCCCUCCCCCCACUCCUCCCAGCCGCACUUUAGCCCUAGAGGGGGUGCGGGGCCCCGGGG